AUGACUGGGAGGUUCUGGAAUCUGAAAGGAGAAGCAUUGUCUCUCGCUCAGAUUCUGAUGGUUGUUGGCCCGGCAUACACACUUUUCGGAUAUAACCAGUCAGGGCUCGGAAGCCUCGUCUCCCUCUCCGACUGGGUCAAACACUUUCCAGCCAUCGACACUGUCAACACUGAUGGUGUUGACGCUAGCCACAAUGCCACAGUUCAAGGUGUCGUGAUAGCGACAUUCACUCUAGGCGCCUUGCCCGGUUGUCUAUCCUGCUCAUUCACCGCAGACAGAUAUGGUCGACGUCCUGUGAUCUUUUUGGGUGGACUUCUUGCUCUGAUCGGCCAAGUACUGGAAGCUUCCUCUUACCAGCUGGCACAGAUGAUCGUGGGUCGUACUAUACUUGGAGCAGGAAUUGGCAUGCUGAGUGGCACUGUCCCAACCUGGCAAAGUGAGUGCUCCAGCUCGAAGAAUCGAGGCAAGCAUAUUGUGCUGGAUGGUCUUUUCAUCGCGUUUGGCUAUAUGCUGCAAGCAUGGAUCAACUUUGGUUUCUAUCAGUUCAAAACGGGACCCGUUACCUGGCGGGCUCCGAUCGCCAUUCCCAUCAUCUUCGCCAUUCUUCUUCUUGUGUCGAUCGUAUACCUCCCCGAAUCUCCUCGAUGGCUCGUACGCCAGCACCGUGUGGAGGAAGCUCGAAACGUACUGGCGUCCUUGCGAGAUCUUCCCAAGGAUGUAUCUGCCAUAUCGGGGGAAAUUGCUGGCAUCGAGAGCUCUCUGGAGGAGACGGCACAAAGCGCUGCGUCGCUGAAGGAUCUCCUCAAAAUGGGAGAUGACCGUUUGCUUUACCGGUUUUCCAUCUGCAUCUUGCUUCAAUUCUUCCAGCAGAUGUCCGGUGGCAAUUUGAUCUCGGUGUAUUCUUCGGUGAUCUUUGAGUCAGGUCUAGGAAUGGAUGCUGGGACCGCUCGUAUCCUCUCCGGUGGUACGCUUACAUGGAAAUUCUUAUCAUGCUUUGUGUCAUUCUUCACCAUUGACCGAUUUGGCCGUCGGAUCGCCUUGAUGGUCAGUGGAGGUGGAAUGGCGAGCUGUAUGCUGGGCCUGGCAGUUGCGACGUCUUUCCCUCACUCCAACUAUGCAGCUCAAAUUGUGAGCGUCCUUUUUAUCUUCCUUUUCAAUUUCUUCAUUCCGAUCGGCUUCCUCGGUGCCAACUUCCUUUAUUGUACCGAGGUGGCACCCAUUCGUCUCCGAGUUGCCAUGUCGAGUAUUUCGACUGCGAAUCACUGGCUCUGGAAUUUUGUGGUGACCAUGAUCACUCCGGUGGCUAUCGAUACAAUUGGCUACAAGUACUACAUUGUUUAUACCUGCAUUGGAGCACUCGUCCCUAUCACUGUCUACUUUUUGUAUCCUGAGACUAUGGGCCGUUCACUUGAAGAGAUUGAUCUUAUUUUCCGCGAGAGCCCAUCGGUAUGGGCAACUGUUCGAUUCGCAAAUAACCGACCCAUUGAAGCCAUGCCUGAGAUUCCCCAAGAAACUAGGGAGAAGGGCGACGUUGAGCAUGAAGAAUAUUCCACGAGGUCCCAGAGCAGAUGA